ACUCAUAUCUUAGCCUGCAGUGGCUCCGUCUGGUGUUUGAUCCGCAGACGAGAGACCGAGCGGGACAGCGCCCGCGUGUGCUCAUUUGUGACGGCUUUGGCACCCACGAAACCCUUGAAGUCCUUGAGUUCGCUCUUCAGCACCAGAUCAUACUUUGCCGCCUGCCUUCCCACACAUCCCAUAAACUGCAGCCAUGUGACAUCUCCAUCUUCGGUCCACUCAAAGGAGCAUAUCGUGAU